GGUGAUUUAUGAAGGUCUCUGGAUGAACUGUGUGAAGCAGAGCACUGGACAGCUGAUGUGCAAAGCGUACGACUCCUUGCUGGUGUUACCCUCUGACCUUCAGACCGGCCGGCCCAUGACCGUCAUCAGCUGCAUCCUCUGUGGGCUCAGCCUCUUCAUCAUGUUCUUUGGUUCCGACUUGACCAGAUGUUUUCAGAACCAAGGCACCAAGCCCAAACUCAGCCUGAUGGCCGCAGUGGGCCUGCUGCUGGCCGCCCUGCUGGUGAUCACCCCGGUCAGCUGGGUGGCGCACACCCUAAUAAAAGAUUCCUACAACCCCAUCCUAACAUGGAGCCAGAAGACAGAGCUGGGAGCGAGCAUCUAUAUCGGCUGGGCAGCUGGUGUGAUACUGAUCCUGACUGCAGUUCUGCUCUGCUGCUUCGGCAGACCCAGAUCCAGCAGCUCAAGAGGAACCAUCAAAUACCACAGAGCUCCAGGUCUAAACGACGACUAAAUUUAGAGGUUUUAUGGAAGGAACUGGGGUCCAAUAGACGGAUAGACAAAAGGUUGACAAGGGAGUUAAUUUGGUAAAAACUGGGCAGACGACACCAGGGAUUGUAAAUACUUUAUGCUAUAACUGAAUCUGAUUAUUAGUUCCAUAAUUUUAACUGGUGGUACUAAAAUGGUUGAACUUUGUAAUUUUCCUUUCCAUUAUUUUCUAAAUUCUUUGGGGUUUUAAAGAAAUCCUAUAAAUCCAUAUAAAAUAAAUGUUACCAUGCAAAAAGUGUCUCUAACCAGAAAAAACUGGAUUUCAUAGAAACUUUUGAAAACUUUUCAAGAUAAUUACAUUCCUCCUGUUUUUUGCU